UGAAUACGGUUGUUCCUAAUCCAUACAUGGAUGAAAUUUUUCAUAUUCCACAAGCACAAAGAUAUUGCGAAGGAAACUAUCAUGAAUGGGAUCCAAAAUUAACAACCCCGCCAGGAUUCAUUGGGUUAUAUGUUGUAUUUUGGAAACUUCUAGUCUGCCUACAUCCAUUUCAAGAUAAAAAAACAAGAGCUUUCAGUGCUUUUGUUUUGUCAUCCUUUCCUGUCGGCUGGUUUUAUAAUUUUUUAUAUUAUACUGAUUCUGGAUCAACGUUUUUUGUUUUAUUGGCUUAUCUAUUGGCUUUGAAACGACAAUUUUGGUUGAGUGCCAUGGUUUCGGGUGUUGGUGUUUUUUUCCGGCAGACAAAUAUAGGAUGG